UCGCCGGACCCGCUGGAUAUUUGGAGGUUCAGGUUCUAAAAGUGAAUUUGGGGGCGUAUAAUGGAAACCUCAUCGCGGGAUAAUUAUGGAGAAUUCGACCUAAACUUAAGUUUGGACAGUUUGGAAGAUUCCGACAGCUUAACCCAGGAGACCCGAUAUCAAUCCGAACUUAAAGACUGGAUUUCAGACCAGGAGCACCUCGUCCGACAGACGUCUGAAAGAUCAGCCAAUGGGGACGGGGAACGCGAUUACGGGGCAAAACAAGACGAUCCCCUCCUUGGGGUAAACAUUGAAAAUGUGGCUCUUAGCGGAAACAUAAGUUCGCCGGAAGGAGACACCGGGUAUUCCGACCUUCGAUACGACCCCAACUGGAAGUCCAAGCAGAAGCCGGCAGACGAGGAUGACGUCUCCAGCCUUUCCUCCGGCUCGGAAGAUUACCGGCCCCCCGAGGUAGCCCCUCCGGCAACGGCGGAGAAAAAUGUAAAAGUCGCCAGCAAACCGGCAGCAAACCGUGCGAACGCUCGCCACGGAAAGAGACGGCUGUCGGAGAACCCAGCAGGACUCAGCAGAGCGUCGGGAGACACGAGAAACGCCCAAAAGGAGAAACUGCCCCAAAAGGACAAACCGCCCCAAAAGGACUUUGUAGCCAAAAACAGACUUAGUUUAGGGGCUCGGCAGCCUAAACAGCAUUCAUAUCUUCACAUUCACCGGAAGAAAGCAGACGAGACUUCGGCAGAUACGGACUCAGUAAAGACGACGUUGAGGGAUCCUCCCGAGGAACAGAAACCGGAAGCAAAAAAUGAAGGAGCUGGGAAGAGAGGAGAAAGUGACCCCAAAAAAUCCAUCAUGGCGUCUGAUGGGAGCGCGCCCAGAACCCGAUAUUCCCAAAAUAAGGCGGACUUCGCUCCCGGCCUCCCGCGUGACGAGCUUCCGGAAGCUGCUUCCGCCGUGACAUCCACCGCUGGAAUCAUUCAGCCCCCUGGAGAUUUCCGGGGUUUUAAGUUGAAUUCUGGAGACCGUCCUCCGAGCUUCCAACGAGUCAACGAGGAGCGUUACCUUUCCAAACGCAACGGCGACCCCCUGAGAACUGCCCCCGACGGGGAUCCACGCGGCUCGGGGGAAUUCCAGAUUCAUCGACCAAAUCCGGUUCCGCACUUAUUUUCCACGGAAAGAGGUGAAGUUGGAAGCCUUGGCCUGUCGGAGGAGCAGCUCAUCCUCCAAGGACACUUCCUCGUGGAUAGAAGUGAGUUUCCCUUCACGCCGUUCAGCGGGGAAUUACAGCCGACAUCCGCACCGGAAGAGAACUCCGAAACCGGCAGCGACGCGUCUUCCGAGCCUCGUCAGCGGAGACGGGACCGGAAUCACCCGGCGGACGGAGCGCAGAGAAAGAGGUCAAUUCAUUUCUUAAAGCAGGAGGUGAAACUCGGGGGGAUCGGCCCCAAUUAUAAAGUCAGCAAAGAAAAAGAAGAACAAUUGCGACAACAAAAAGAGUACGCGAAACUGAUCCACGAGCGCAACAAGAACAGCAUCAUUCCGCGGCUUCCCGAAAUCCCCGUCCAAUCAAAGGAAAGAAAUAAAUGCCCCAGAGAAAAGGGUCUGGAAUAUGCGAAGAACGUCCCCAAACCGCAGUCUUCGCCCAAAUCAUCCAACCAAACGGUGACGGAAGUAAAUCCGCAGCUUCCUGUUUAUCCCGAAAACUUUUCUCCGCAACUCAAACUUUUACAAGAUUUACAACUGAGACACGAAAGGGAGAAGGCUGCGGUGGCCGCUCUCAGCGCGCUGCAUAUCAUAUAAUGUGUUCAGAUAUAUGGGAUGUACAUGAAGCUGGGUUUAGUUGGACUGACUG